UUCUAUCACGCUACCGGCGACGCCCGCACGGCUACCCCCCACCCCCCACCAACGCUGCCGUCGAGACAGUUUUAUUUAUUUAUCUAUUUUUUUCCCUUCCCACCCAUGUGGAAGAAAUGUAUGGGGACGGGUGACGUCGCGCGUGCACCCAAGUGUGUGCGUGGAGCAAAGUGUCAGCGUGCGGCGCGAGAGGAGGACAAUCCCUGCGCUGGGUCCAGUCUGUAGUCAGAAGAUAAUAUCAGCGGCGGAAACACAACUUGAGCCGCUGUGUUAACUGCUGGAACAUGUGUGUCCGAGGACUCAAGUUGUAAACCGGCGCUGUUUGCAGUUUAGCUGACAUCUUUGAAGUGCUGGAGGUGAGUUAACACAGCUCUGACAGACAGAAACACAGCCUCCCUUCCUGGAUGUGAAGCAAAAUCAAGCAGCGACAGUUCACCAUCACAGGACCUCCAUUUCAGAAACUCUCAGCAACCUCCAGCAAUGAUGUAGACUUGACAACACCACGAUGAUGAUGCUCACAGGGAGGAGGAGAAGCAACUGACUCUCUCCUCCUUUUUGCCACACCUGGCUCUCUAUGUCCGUCGCUAUUGGGCGGCGGGAGUGCUAUGUCAUCAACCACACCGCCUGCGGCCCCACCCUUUAAGAAGGGAAGGAAGCCGGAGAAAGCUGAGUUGAUGGCUGACGCGGUGCAGGCCACCAACGAGGAGCUGCGGAGCAAGCUCAUGGACAUCCAGAUGGAGAUGCAGCAGGAGCGGGGCAAGGUAUGUAAGCUCCGUGAGCGGCUCCAGGAGCAGCGGCAGGCUCGAGAGCUUGAGCAGCACAAACACGCUGUAGCGCUCACUGACCUGCGUGCCAAAUUCCACGAAGAAAAGCUACGUGACAUAGCGGCCGUCCGUGAGGGGCUGGCGCGGCAACAUGAAGUCGAGCUGGCCCGGGCCAUCAAGAUCCGGGAUACUGAGGUGCAGAGGCUCCAGGGGCUUGUAAACGCACUGAGAGAUGGAGCUGCUGACAAGCUCAAAAAUGCUCUUCUCGGAGAGGCUCGGGAGGAGGCCAGGAGAGCUUUUGAUGGGGAGAGGCUAAAGCUACAGCAAGAGAUCCAGGAGCAGAAAACGGCCAGGAAGCAGGCUGAGGAGGCACUUGGAAAUGCUCUGCAGGCUGAUAAAGCCAAAGCAGCAGAUCUCCGCACAGCCUACCAACAGCACCAGGAUGAGGUGCACCGCAUCAAACGGGACUGUGAGAGAGACAUCCGCAGAGUGAUGGAUGAGUUGAAGGCGAAGGACCGGGUGGUGUGUGCCCUGGAGAGGGAGCUGGGUCUGCAGGCCGGCUACGCCCAGAAGCUUCAGCUUCAGAAAGACGCCCUGGAUGAGCAGCUGGGCCAGGUACGAGAGGCUGAGAGAUACAACCACGGCAGCCCCAAGAGAGAGGUGGUGCCUGGGCUGGGGGACAACUCGGACCUUCUCAACAACCAGGAGGUGGAGGAGCGUGACAUGAGGAGGUUCCAGCUGAAGAUCGCGGAGCUUCACUCGGUCAUCAGAAAGCUGGAGGACAGAAAUGCACUGCUGGCCGACGAGAGGAAUGAACUAUUGAAGCGGGUGCGAGAGGCAGAGAGCCAAAUGAAACCCGUGUUUGAGAAGAACAAGCGGCUGUCCAAGAAGAAUGACGACCUCUUGCAAACGCUACAACGCAUGGAGGAGAAACUGAAGAGCCUGAGCCGCGAGAACGCUGAGAUGAAGGAAAAAGCCUCCACCUCUCGUCCACCCCCACAGCAACAAUCCAUUCAGCCCCCGUUAAGGAGGCCAAGUUCCCUGACAGACCUGAGCCACGCUCAUGAGGAACAGGAAGUGGAGUUCCUCAGGAUGCAGGUUUCUGAGCAACGUGGCAUCAUUGACGAGCUCACGCAGGAACGUGACCGGCUGGUGAUGAACAAAAAGAACCGGAGGAAACCUCUCAAAAUGCGCACAAGGCAUGUUGUGGAGACAUAUUUUGGAUUUGAUGAAGAAUCGAUAGACUCUGAGACGUCCUCUCUGACCUCCUUUAACACUGACCUCACUGACCGCACGCCUGCAACUCCAGAGGAGGAUUUGGAAGAGAGCGUUUCCCGUGAAGAGUCAGAGCUUCGUUUCCGUCAGUUGACCAGAGAGUACCAGGCUCUCCAGCGUGCCUACGCUCUUCUCCAAGAGCAGACGGGGGGCUCUCUGGAUGCUGAGAGGGAAGCCAGGACACGUGAGCAGCUGCAUGCGGAGCUCAGCAGCUGCCAGGCCAAGAUCGUCGACCUGGAGAAGGCCCUGUCGGAGAGGGGGCAGGAUUCAAAGUGGGUGGAGGAGAAGCAGUACUUGCUCAGGACCAACCAGGAACUUCAUGAGAAGAUGAGUGCGUUGCAGCAGGCUGAGUCGCGGCUGCAGGCUGAGGUUCAGGACGCUCGGGAUCAGAAUGAGCUGUUGGAAUUCCGGGUGCUGGAACUGGAAGAAAGAGAGCGCAGAUCUCCUGCCCUCAAUCUCCACAUGUCUGCUUUCCCUGAGAACAGCAACAGUGCCCUGCAGAUCUACUGCCACCAGGAGGGAGUCAAGGAUGUAAUCAUUCCUGAGCUGAUGAAGAAACUGGAUAUCCUGGGGGAUAAUGGGAAUCUCAGAAAUGAGGAGCAGGUAGCGGUGAUUCAGGCAGGGACGGUGAUCUCACUGUGUGAAAAGUGGUUGAAGCAGAUAGAUAGCACAGAGGUUGCCCUCACACAGAAGAUGAUCGAUCUGGAGAAUGACAAGGAGCUGUUCAGUAAGCAGAAGGGAUUCCUUGAGGAAGAGCUAGACUACAGGAAGCAGGCCUUGGACCAGGCCUACAUGAGGAUCGAGGAGCUGGAGGCCACGCUGUAUAGCGCUCUGCAGCAGGAGCAGCCGGCAUGCCAGGCGGUGGCUGAGUCGCUGACAGACAGGCAGAGGGAGGAGCUGAGGCUAGCUGUGGACAAGCUGCGGCGUCAGAUUCUCCGGCAGAGCCGGCAGUUUGACAGUCAAAUCUUACAGGAGCGCAUGGAGCUCCUACAGCAGGCUCAGCAGAGAAUUAGAGAGCUGGAGGACAGGAUUGACUUGCAAAAGAGACAAAUAAAGGAAAUAGAGGAAAAGUUUUUGUUCCUCUUUUUGUUUUUCUCUUUAGCAUUUAUUCUUUGGCCUUAAUGCAAGUGACCGUGG